AUGGAUGAGACAAGACGGGAGAGGGGGAAGGUGGAAGAACUGGCUAUCCAAACUCAAAAACAAAGGGAAGAAAUGGUGGGUUUAAUGGAAAAGAACAAACAAAAGCAGAACGAACUGGAACUCAUGAAUGACAAGAUUGAAAGAGAGAAACAAGACAUCGAAGAAAGUCGGGAUGUGCUAACAAAGGAGAGAGAGGAGCUGGAACAAAUGAGGAAUGAGACACAGCAACAGAGAGAGGAGACAGAAUCUCACAUGGAAGACCAAAGGAAAGAGAAAGAACAUUUGGAACAAAUGACGAUGGACAUGAAAAAGCAGUUGCUAGAGGUGGAUAAUGACAAGGAAAUGAUAGAAAGCUCAAUGGGUGAACUGAGAGUGAAAGAGGCAGAAAUGGUGAGAGAAAAGGAGAACAUGGAAAAGAAGAUGGCUAGACUCAAAGAGGAAGAGGAUGGAAUGCGGGAAGAAAUAGGAAGGAAGAUGGACAACUUAAAGCAGGACAGUUAUGAAAUCAAAAGACUUAGAGAUGAAAUUGACAGUGAAAAGAACCAACUGAAUGCAAAAUUGCUUGAGUUGGAAAAAAUGCGUGAAGAACUAGAUAGAGAGAAGAAGGAAGUGAAAGACAGGAAGGAUGAAACACUGAAAGAAAAAGAUCAGUUGGAAGAGAGGCGAGGUAAGAUAAGUAAGGAGAAAGAGGAAUUGGAUAUCAGUCUUGAACUGAUGAAAAGACAAACGGAAGACUUGACGAGCUUGAAGGCUGAAGCAGAAGCACAGACCGAGCCUAUGGAAAAUGACUGGAAGGAACAGCUCACGAAGGAAAGACAACAACUUGAAGAUGUAAAGGAGGAGAUACAGAAGGAAAAAGAAGCCUUUGAGAGAAAAAAGGGAUUGAUUAUGAAAGAGAGAGAUGAGUUUGAUCUGAUGAAGUCUGAAACCCAGGGACAAUUGGAGGAAAUGGAACAAAACAAACAAGACAUUCGCGUGGAGAAGGAAAAGCUGGAUCAGAUCAAAGCUGAGUUAGAAAGACGGUCUGAAGACAUAAAUAAGGUCAUGGAUGAGACAAGACGGGAGAGGGGGAAGGUGGAAGAACUGGCUAUCCAAACUCAAAAACAAAGGGAAGAAAUGGUGGGUUUAAUGGAAAAGAACAAACAAAAGCAGAACGAACUGGAACUCAUGAAUGACAAGAUUGAAAGAGAGAAACAAGACAUCGAAGAAAGUCGGGAUGUGCUAACAAAGGAGAGAGAGGAGCUGGAACAAAUGAGGAAUGAGACACAGCAACAGAGAGAGGAGACAGAAUCUCACAUGGAAGACCAAAGGAAAGAGAAAGAACAUUUGGAACAAAUGACGAUGGACAUGAAAAAGCAGUUGCUAGAGGUGGAUAAUGACAAGGAAAUGAUAGAAAGCUCAAUGGGUGAACUGAGAGUGAAAGAGGCAGAAAUGGUGAGAGAAAAGGAGAACAUGGAAAAGAAGAUGGCUAGACUCAAAGAGGAAGAGGAUGGAAUGCGGGAAGAAAUAGGAAGGAAGAUGGACAACUUAAAGCAGGACAGUUAUGAAAUCAAAAGACUUAGAGAUGAAAUUGACAGUGAAAAGGACCAGCUGAAUGCAAAAUUGCUUGAGUGUGAAAAAAUGCGUGAAGAACUAGAUAGAGAGAAGAAGGAAGUGAAAGACAGGAAGGAUGAAACACUGAAAGAAAAAGAUCAGUUGGAAGAGAGGCGAGGUAAGAUAAGUAAGGAGAAAGAGGAAUUGGAUAUCAGUCUUGAACUGAUGAAAAGACAAAGGGAAGACUUGACGAGCUUGAAGGCUGAAGCAGAAGCACAGACCGAGCCUAUGGAAAAUGACUGGAAGGAACAGCUCACGAAGGAAAGACAACAACUUGAAGAUGUAAAGGAGGAGAUACAGAAGGAAAAAGAAGCCUUUGAGAGAAAAAAGGGAUUGACUAUGAAAGAGAGAGAUGAGUUUGAUCUGAUGAAGUCUGAAACCCAGGGACUAAUGGAGGAAAUGGAACAAAUCCAGAAGGAAAGGGAGGAAAUGAAAAGUGUUUUUGAGGAUACCAAGAGAACAAAAGCUAAUCAGGAAGUGAUGAAAACUGAGAUUGUGACAAAGAAACGAGAAACAGAAAAUAUCAUGGAAAUUAUUUUAAAAGAGAAAGACAACAUGGAGAAAAUGAAGAUUGAAAUGGAAAGAGAGAGGGAAGAAAUUGAUAUCACCAAGGGCAAGAUGGUGAUGGAGAUGGAUGAGCUGGAACAGAGAAAAGCUGAGAUCGAGAAUAGAAAAUAUGAAGCAGAAAUGUUGAUGGCUGAACUGAAAGACAAAGAGCAAAAUAUGAAGGAAGAAAUAUGCAAGAUGAAAGACAGUCUAGAGCAGAUCAAAGCUGAAAUACAACCACAGAGAGAAGACAUUGAAAGCAAGAUGGAGGAGCUGAAUGUCCAAAAGGCCGAGAUGGAAAAUGCUAUGACAGAUAUCGACAGACAAAAAGAGGACAUGCAAUACCAACGACAGCAAAUUGAACAAGACAAACAAAAGAUGAUAAAGGAAAAGGGUGAUCUGGAAAGGAUUAAGAUGGAGAUAGAAACACGAUCAGAAAAUCUAGAAAACCUUUUUGAGAAAACAAAGAGGGAGAAAGAGGAUGCUGAGACAAUGACUAUUCAAGUCCAGAAGGAAAGGAAGGAAAUUGAAAGUGUUGUCGAAGAGAACAACAAACGGACAGAGAAACUGGAAUUCAUGAAAACUGAGGUGGAUAAAGAGAAACUAGAAACAGAAAACAUCAAGGACAUGGUAACAAAGGAGAAGAUUGAACUGGAACAGAUCAAGAUGGAGUUAGAGACACGGUCUGAACAUCUAGACAACAUAAUGGACGAGACAAAGAGGGAGAAAGAGAUUGUUGACGACAUGACUGUCCAAAUCCAGAAAGAAAAAGAGGACAUUGAAAACUUGAUAGUCAACAACAACAGACAGAGAGAGGAACUGGUAUUGAUGAAAGCUGAACUAGAGAAAGAGAAAUCAGAGACUGAAAAUGUCAAGGAUGUCCUAUCAAAGCAAAAGAAUGAUCUUAAACAAAUGAAGAUUGAGAUGGAGAGAGAGAGAGAGGAAAUGGAUAACACCAAGGACAAUAUUGCAGUUGAUAUGAAUGAGCUGGAACAGAGAAAAGCUGAGAUAGAGAAUAGAAAAUAUGAAGCAGAAUAUUGGAUGGCUGAACUGAAAGAGGAAGAGCAAAGAGUGAAGGAGGAAAUCUGCAAGAUGAAGGAGAACCUGGAACAGAUCCACACAGGAAUACAACCACAGAGAGAAGGCAUUGAAAGCAAGAUGGAGGAGCUGAAUGUAAAACAGGCCGAGAUGAAUAAGGCUAUGACAGAUAUCAACAGAAAUAAAGAGGAAAUGCAAAAUCAACGGGAAGAAAUACAACAAGACAAACAAAAGAUGCAAGAUGAAAAGGAUGAACUGGAACAGAUCAAGAUGGAGUUACAAACACGAUCAGACAAUCUGGAAAACCUCAUUGAGGAGACAAUGAGGAAGAAGGAGAACAUUGAACGUACGGCUUUCCAGAUUCAGGAGGAACGGGAGGAAGUCGAAAGUAUUGUUGAGGAUAUCAAGACAAGGAAAGCUGAUCUGGAAUUGAUGAAAGCAACGGCUGACGGAGAGAAGGAAGAAACAGAAAACGUCAAGGAAAUGAUCUCCAAGGAAAAAGACAAACUAGAACAAAUGGCGAUUGAGAUUGAAAGAGAGAAGGAAGAAAUUGAUAUCGCCAAGGGCAAGAUUGAAAUGGAUAUGGAUGAGCUGGAAAAUAGAAAGGCUGAGGUAGAGAAUGGAAAAUAUCAAUCAGAAAAACUGAUUGCUGAAUUGAAGGAGGAAGACCAAAGAAUGAGGGAGGAUAUCAGGAAGAUGAAAGAAAACCUAGAUACUGAAAUACAGCUGAAGAGAGAUGAUAUUGAAAGUAAAAUGGAAGAGUUGGAUGUCAAAAAGAGAGAGCUGGAAAACAUGUUGACCGAUAUUUACAGAGAAAAGGAGGAAAUACAAAACCAGAGAAAGGAAAUAGAAGAAAACAAACAAAAUAUACAAGAUGAAAAGGAUGGGCUGGAACAGAUCAAGGCUGAUUUACAGAUGAAGAGCAAAAAGGAGAAUGUUGAGGGCAUGCCUGUCCAAUUCCAGAAGGAAAAGGAGGAAAUUCAAAGCGUCAUGGUAGAACCCGAGAUAAGAAGACACGCACUGGAAUUUACAAAAGUGGAGGUAGAGAAGGAAGACACAGAGAAUAUCAAGGACAUUGUAUUAAAGGAUCAAAAAUAUCUGGAACAAAUGAAGAUGGAGAUGGCAAGAGAAAGAGAAGAAAUUGAUAAUACCAAGAUCAAGAUAGCAAUCGAUAUGGAAAGGCUGGAAGCGACAAAGGUCGAAAUAGAGAGAAAACUGACAGAAGACCAACAACAAAUGAGGGAGGAUAUCAAGAAGACAAAAAGCAAUCUGGAGCAGAUUGAUGCUGAAAUGCAGCUGAAGAGAGAGGACAUUGAAAGUAAAACGGAAGAGCUGAAUGUCAAAAAGAAAGAGUUGGAGGACACCAUGACAAGUAUCAACAGACAGAAAGAGUACAUGCAAAACAAGAGGGAGGAAAUAGAACAAGAGCAACAAAAGAUGCAGGAUGAAAAGUAUGAGCUGAAACAGAUUAAGAUGGAGUUACAGAAACGAUCAAAAACUCUAGACAAUCUCAUUGAGGAGACAAAGAUGGAGAAGGAGACUAUUGAGGACAUGACUGUCCAAACCCAGAAGAAAAGGGAGGAAAUUAAAAGUGUCAUUGAGGAUAUCAAGACAAAGAAAGACGAAUUGAAAUUAGUUAAAGCUGAGAUAGAGAAAGGAAAAGAAGAAACACAAAACAUCAAGGACAUGGUAUCAAGCGAGAAAAACAAUCUGAAACAAAUUAGGCUUGAAUUAGAAAGAGAGAGAGAGAAAAUGGAUAAAAGCAAGGGAACAUUAGAAACAGAUGUUGGUCAGCUAGAACGAAGAAAGUUUGAGGAUGAACAGUUGAUUUAUGAAUUGAAAGAAGAAGAGCAAAGAAUGAGGGAGGAUAUCGAGAAGAUGAAAGACAACCAAGAGCAGAUCAAUGCUGAAAUGCAAUUACAGCGAGAGGACAUUGCAGCCCAAAUGGAGGAGUUAAAUGUCAAAAAAGCAGACGUGGAAAACAUCCAAGCUGAUCUCGACAGACAGAAAGUAGAACAUGAUGAGAUGAGAAAAUAUAUAUUUGUGGAAAAGAAUCAACUGGACGAGAGGAAUGCUGCCUUGGAAAAACAAAGGGAGGAGAUGGAUAAAAUCACGGAACCAACAGCUGUGAUAAAGGCUGAAGUACAAACACAGACAGAGCCCAUGGAAGACAGCUUGGAGGAACAGCUCAAAAGGGACAUGGAAGAAGUUGAAGGUCAUGACAUAGAUCAAGAGGACCUGGAACAAACCAACAGGUUGACAAUGACAGAGAGGGAUGAGUUGGAAUCCAUGAAGUCUGAAAUAGGAAAACAAAGACAGGAAAUAGAGGAGAACAAACAAAAGAUACAGGACGAGAUGGAUGAGAUUGAGAAGAUCAAAAAUGAUUUACAGAAACGGUCAGAGAAUCUAGACAACCUCGUGGAAGAGACAAAGAGGGAAAAGGAGAAUGUUAAGGACAGGGCUGUUCACAUUCAGAAGGACCAGGAGGACAUUGAGCAUGUUAUUGAGGAUAGCAAGACAAAGAACGCUGAACUGGAAAUGUUGAAAGCUGAGAUAAAGACAGAGAAACAAGAAACAUUCAACAUGAAGGACAUGAUAUCAAAGGAGAAACGUGACUUGGAACAAAUUAAGAUGAAGAUGGAAAAAGAAAUACAAGAACUGGAUAACACCAAGGACAUGAUAGUAAUUGAUAUUAGUCAGCUGGAACAAAGAAGGGUUGAGUUAGAAGGAGAAGAAGAUGGAGCGAAAAAUCUGAUGGCUUCACUGAAAGAGGAAGAGCAGAGUAUGAAAGAGAGUAUUGGGAAGAUUAAAGAAAAUUUGGAGCAGAUUAAUGCUGAAAUACAACUACAGAGAGAUGACAUUGCAACACAAAUGGAAGAGUUAAAUGUCAAAAAAGAAGAGUUGGAAAACAUUCAAAUGGACAUCGACAGACAAAAAGAACAGAUGGACAAAACACAAAAUGCUAUAAUCAUGGAAAAGAAUGAACUGGAAGAGAAGCUUGCUGACAUGCAAAAACAAACGGAGGAGGUGGAAGCCAUCAUUGAAAUGACAAAGAGGGAGAAGGAGGAUGUGAUGAGGAUAAAGGCUGAAAUAGACGAACAGAAAGAUCAAAUGGAAGACAACCUGAUGGAAACUCUGAAACACGACAGAGAAGAACUUGAACGCCUGAAAGAAAGACAAAAGAAUGAACUGGAAGAGAAGCUUGCUGUCAUGCAAAAACAAACGGAGGAGGUGGAAGCCAUCAUUGAAAUGACAAAGAGGGAGAAGGAGGAUAUGAUGAGGAUAAAGGCUGAAAUAGGCGAACAGAAAGACCAAAUGGAAGACAACCUGAUGGAAACUCUGAAACACGACAGAGAAGAACUUGAACGCCUGAAAGAAACAGAAAGAAAGGAGGAAACUAAGGGCAUAAAAGAGAAGACAGAGAGGGAGAAGGAUGGGUUAGAACGGGUUAACACAGAGUCCCAGAGAGUGUUGGAAGAUCUGGAGAACGUUGUGGAGGAAACCAUGGAGAAAGAGGGUACAGAGGAAAUGGCUAUCCAAAUACAAAAGCUAAUGGAGGACAAUGUGAGAAUCAUUGAGGAGAUGGAGCAAAAGAAGGCAUAUUUAGAGCUGAUGAAUGUUAAGAUGCAAAGUGAGAGAGAAGAAAUAGACUCUAACAAGGCCAUGAUUGAAAGGGAGAAGGAUGACCUGCAACAAAUGAAGUCUAAGAUUACACAGCAAAGAUGCGAAAUUGAACAAAUUACAACCGUCUUAAAGGAUGAGAAGGACACUCUUGAGCAAUUUAAGACUGAUAUGGAAAGACAGAGACAAGAGACGAUGAACAAUAUGGACUUGGUGGAAAGAGAGAGAGAUGAACUGGAAAAGACAAGGUCUGAGAUGGAUGAGUUGGAACACAUGACAGCUGAAAUAGAAAGACCGAAGGAGGAAAUUGACAAAAGAAAGGGUGCAGCAAUGAUGGAGGUGCCUCCGCUGGAGGAAAGAGAGGACAGCGUUCAGAAACAGAGGGAUGACGUUGUCUUCAUCUCAGAUACAACACAGACAGAAAAAGUAAAGGAGGAACGCGAACAAAGCAAGGUUGAGACACUUCAGACAGAGGAAGAAACGAUGGACUCAGUCAAGAAGGACAGAGAUGAUCUAGAACAAAUGAGAGCUGACAUACAAAAACACAUGGAAGACAGAAAUAAAAACAAGAACGUGACAGAUUGGGGGAAGUAUGAGUUGGAGCAAAGACUGUUACUAUUAAACCAGCAUGAGGCGGAAAUUGAAGGCUUGAGGCAAAAGUUACAGAAGGAGAGAGAAGAGCUGGACGAGAUUAUGAAUGACAUACAAAACAAGCAUGACAUGUUAAAGAGUGAGAGGGAUCAAUUGGAAAAGAUAAGGGUUGAGAUCCAGAGAGAAAAGGAUACAGAAGGUUACUGGAUUACUCAACAUAAAGAAGAGGAGGGGAGGAAAAUGGAACACCUGGAGCGGCCUUCGGCAGAGACAGACACUCUUAGCUCAGGAGCAGACAAUAUAAUGGCAGUAGGCAGUAGAGAGAUGGACAAGAAUAAAAAAAUAACACAUACAGCAGAGACAAAACAAGAAAGUGGAGACAUGGAGGAAGUCAAACUGGUAAAGCAGGAAACAGAAAAAGAUGUAAGCAAAACUGAGCAUAAAGACAAAAGGAGCUAUAUGAAUGCUGUGACACAAACGCAAGACAUUGAGGAAGUAGGACAGCUGAAGAAUGAGGAUGAGGAGCGUGAGCUUGCACUACUGAUGGUUGAAAUAGACAAACAGAGAAAAGAGAUUGAAAACAACAUGGUGGAAAUAGAGAGACAGAAGAAGGAGCUGCAACAGAUCAGAGCUGAGAUACAGACAGCCAAAAAAGAACUGGUGGAGACUAAGAUGCGCGGACAGAUCAAAGAUUCUACUGAGAUCCAGAGACAGGUCGAAGAUUCCACUGAGAUCCAGAGACAGGUCGAAGAUUCCACUGACAUCCAGAGACAGGUCGAAGAUUCCACUGAGAUCCAGAGACAGGUCGAAGAUUCCACUGACAUCCAGAGACAGGUCGAAGAUUCCACUGAGAUCCAGAGACAGGUCGAAGAUUCCACUGACAUCCAGAGACAGGUCGAAGAUUCCACUGAGAUCCAGAGACAGGUCGAAGAUUCCACUGAGAUCCAGAGACAGGUCGAAGAUUCCACUGAGAUCCAGAGACAGAUCGAAGAUUCCACUCAGCUCAGAGAAGAAACUGAGAACAACCUCGGACAGAAGACAACUACAGCGCGAGUGGAGUUGGAUCUGACAACAGAUGAAAGGCUCCCAAAGAGAGAUCAUUUGGAGAAAAUCCGUCAAGAGGCUCAUGCAGAAAAGGAGGAGAUUGAGAAGAUUAAGCACAGAGUUCAUGAGAUGAAAGAUCAUCUAGAGGAAAGACUAGCAGUGAUUCAGAGACAUGAGUUGGUACAGAGAACAAGGAUACAAAGAGAGAAGGAAGAGCUAAAGAAGAUGAAGGACGAGUUGGAGAGAGACAGCCAAGUUCGGCAAAGAGAGUGGGACAGAGGCAGGAGGAAACUUCAGGAGAAGGACCAGGAGCUUGAGAUGCUAAAAGUGGAGAUGUUCCGAGAGAUCGAGAGACUGCAGGUUAAUAUGGAAAAAGAGAUGGAAACACUCAAGACAAGUGACAAAGGUAUCCAAACCUCAGACGUGGUAUUAACCACAGAAGAAGAGAGAAUGUGGUUGAUGGAGGAAUCAACAACGGAGGAGUACAGUAUGCUGGCAGAAAUAAGUCAACAAACAGAGCAAACCACAGUGGAUAUGACAUUCGCCAGUUCCUCACUGGAGCUCCAGGGUCAAUCAGAGGAGCCCACGGUGAUAGAGGAUGCUCAGAUGAGCGUAGUAGGAGCAGAAGCUUCUCCAUUCAGCAGGUUGCUACGGUGGCUUUGGCGCUACUGCUGUGGCUGCUGCCGCUGUUGUGACUGCUGCGGAAGGGAGUGUGAAGAAGAGGAGGAGAACAUAGUCUAGUCCCAACUCUUAAGUCAGCAAAAUUGUGCUUCAAUAGAAGCUUAGAGAGAGUACAUGAAGUUGAACAACUUUAAUUCAAUGUGUAUUUCUUUUUUCAUAGCAUUUCCAAAGAAUUGCAUUUAGUGUGCGAUGGUAUCGCCAGCCUUCACAACAAUAUCAGCGGGGCUCAAAAUAAACGAAUUGCUAUGUAAAGACUGUGUGAAAAAAAUCGAGUUCAGUAAUAUGAAUUGUGAAACAACAGCAUCAGUCAUUAUUCAUUCAGUUACAUCAAGUAUGAUAUGUAUUCUACUAUGCCCAAGUGAUAAGAAGUCAUGUUGAGAUGAUGAUAUGCAACAACCUGAUUUAUAUGGCUAAAUUGCGGCGUUGUAAGUGUCGUGCAGUAUUGCAGUGCUACGUAUUUACAAUUAUGAUGAACUAAGUUUGCACUGAAUAUUAGAUCUAGAGAGAGCAAAAUGUACCUUUUAUUUAUUUAUUAUAUUUUAUAACGAAAUAUGUAUUUAUUAUAUCUUUUUACAGCUUUUGUUGAAGGUGCACUGGAUACUGAAUGGACUCUUAUCAAGAUUUGUCGUCAUAAUUUGUCAAAACAAGUUAUAUCUAUUACUUUUAGUUUUCUUAUUUUUAUACACACGGAAUUUGCAAUAAACAAAGUGCUAUUCUAUAUUUGUCUCGGGGACAGUUGUUGUUCUUUAAGCCAGUAUUUUGUAAGUGUAAAAGCCUUGUAAUUCAUGUAUAAGUGUGUGAUUCUAAUGUAUUUAAUUUGGUUAUUUCUGCAUCUCUGUCUCUAUACAUCCACAAUUACAACAAACAUGUGUUAAUAUGUUCUCAGAUGGGAUGAAUUUGCAGUGCAGUAAUGGAUACUAGCAGUGACUGAAGAAGGACAAAAUACACUUGAUUAUUUUGAUAUGAGCAAUGUUUCCCUUUAUGAACUUCAGUGGGGUCUGGGAUUCACUCAGUCAGUCCUAAUUUAAAAGCAUUUACAUUGCAAGGUUGGGUCAAUAAUCAGCAACGACAGUAACACAGACACAGAGGGUCAGGUUGGCCUCAGCAGACCUAAACCAUUGUUGUCGGAGGCAGCUGAAAGGGGACACUAAUAAAUUAGUCAUUACCCAGGAAAUUGCUUAUAACCUGUUCCUUGUCGUGAAUGGCAAGGAAAGUUACUCCAAGUUGGCACAAGAACUUGGCAGUGGGGCAUACACACUUGCCCCACAACAGUGGUCUGUGAGAGCUGAGUUUGAAGUUUUGCGAAAGCUUUUCAUGUCAUGUCAAAAGAAUCAAUGCACUAUGGGCCGGUUUCCUGGACUAAAAAGGAUACUCUAUGGAGACUAUCCAUACUUUUGCUUUUUAGUUCAGGAAUAGGUUUAACCCAAAGACUGAUGGUGGAGAUGCAGGAAUAAAAAGCAAUUUUCACUUACAAUUUGACAGACACUAUUAAAAAUGCAAGAAUAUGCAAA